AUGGCUGCUUUUGAGGGUCCCGUCCGCGAUCUCAGCGAGGAAGCCACUUGCUCCAUUUGCCUGGAUUAUUUCAGGGAUCCGGUGAUCAUCCCGGAGUGCGGGCACAACUUCUGUCGAUCCUGCCUGAUCCAGUGCUGGGAGAAAUCUGAGGGAGAGGCUUCCUGCCCUCAGUGCAGGAAAACAGUGGAGCAAGGCAGCAUCAGGAGAAACCAGCAGCUGGCAAAUUUUGUGGAAAUAAUUAAGAAAUUCAGCCAUCUCGGGGAGAAAGAGGAGGGAGAAGGAAAGGGGAAGAUCUGCGAGAAGCACCAGGAGCCCCUGAAGCUCUUCUGCAAGGAGGACCAAAGCCCCGUCUGUGUGGUGUGUCAUGUAUCCAAGGAGCACAAAAGGCACGAGGUGGUUCCUCUAGAGGAGGCGUCCCAGGAGUACAAGGUGGGAAAAGGCAAUGGGUCUUUCUUGGGGUGGAAGAGCUGCUGACAAGAGGGGCUGGCAGCAGCAAUAAUAAUAAUGAUGAUGAUGAUGAUGUUGUAAUGUAUUCUCUCUACUUGCCGCCCAAAAGGAAUCCUCCAGCAAGAGAUCUUGUGCAGCCUGAUAAGACUAAACUUAUGAAACUUUAUACGAUAAAUAUAUUUUUUUUGAGGGAUUAAAGUGCCCCCAGUCACCCCCUGAAUGCAAGCUGCAGUUACUCCUCUGGGACAAAAUAUUACAACAUUUAGGAUUAAUUUUAUAAAAAGGAGGGGGAGAUGUUGGAGGUGUGUUCAGUGUGGGGGACAAAUAGCAAAACCCCCAUGUUUCUCAGCUCUGAUACAGGGCAGCCCCAUUUCUGCCUCAUCUGGGAUGAAAAAGGGGAACCUCUGCCAAAGACCCAGGGAUGUGGGGCAGGGAGCAAACAUACAAUCAGCUUGCCUGUUAAUGUGUAACGCAGCCCAACUUGGACUUUGUUUUCUUUUCAGGAUCAGAUCAGCAGCUGCCUAGACAAUGUGAGGAAGGAGAGAGAGAAAAUUCUAGUAUUUAAAGCAAACACAGAAAAGGAAAGCCAAGACCUGCUUGUAAGCACCAUUGUUACUGCUUUAAGAUGAAAAAUGCUAUAGUCUAGAAUCAAUAUCUGGGGGGAAAAUGAAUAUGGAAUACAGAAAGUGGUUUAUUUUUUAUCAGCCUGAUCUCCUACAGAGCAUGAAAGACCAUUUAAAGUAGGGGGUGGGUUGUAAGUUUUUACAAAGCUCUUUCUCUGCUGAAUAUGUCAGAAGUUGCCUUCCAGGGGAAUUGGGAUAACUGGCCUCCUCAUCCUUUAACAGGAGGCUAGAUGCCUGAUAUUGGCCCACUGUUCUCUUCUUUCAACCUCUUUGCUGCAGAAACAAACAGAUGCAGAGAGGGAAAAGAUGGUGGCUGAGUUCAGGCGACUGCACCAGUUUCUGGAAGAACAGGAGAAACGUAUUCUGGCCCAGAUGGCAGAGGUGGAGAAGGAGAUUGCAGCCCAAAGGGAGGAGCAGCUGGCCAGACUCUCCAGGGAACUCUCCUCUCUUGAACACACCAUCCGGGAGAUGGAGGAGAAGCUUCAGGAACCAGCGAGUGAACUCCUGCAGGUGAGGCCUCAUCCUGAUGUGAGAGGGUGGAGUGUGCUGCUUCAAAUUACAGGCAUUUCUUGGUCCUCCACGCUCCCUCAGGUGUCAUUCCUGGGGACGCAGAAGGGGCCCUGCUAGAUCAAACCACAGGCCCCUUCAUUCUAGCAUUGUGUUUUUGCAUUGGCCAACCAGAGGUCUCUGAGAAGCCUAAAAAACAGUAGUGCUCUCCAAACCUGUGAUUUCCAGCAGUUGCCACUCAGCUGCUUAGUAUUUAUAACUGACUGCUCCACUGACGUCUUUCUUUCUUUCCCUCCAGGAUAUUGGAAGCUUCUUGCAGAGGUAAGUGAUGGAAAACCCCUGCCUUAUUAUUCUGCCAGGAAAGUUCCUGUUUAACAGGUGGGAAACUCACUGUCCAGUUCCUCCUUCCAGAGAUAGCUUAGGACUCCAUCAUCCAUUCCACAAGAUCACAGACAAAAACAGGGACACAUUUUCCUAGUCAUUUGUAGUUAUUGGUCCCAUCUACAAUCACAGACUGGAAGCCAUUCCCAUUGCAUAUUUCUGGAGGCCCUUCUCUGUGACGGAUUCAAUUACUCUGCAAUUGAUACAAAAAGGGGGGGCACCCCAAAGGGGCUUGUAAAUAUCUUCACUAUAACUUACCCUUAAAUAUCCAGUGUAUUUCUGGCUUCUGCACGUUCUUCCUCAGCCAUAAGAAGGUAAGAAAGGGCCCUGCUGGAUCCGGCCAGUGGCCAAUCAAGUCCUGCAUCCUGUUUUCACAGUGACUAACCAGAUGCCAGUGCAAAACCCGCAAUCAGGAUCCGAGCCCCAGAGGACACUCCCCUCCUGUGGUUCGGAGGCACCACUGCCUUUGACCCAGCCAUGGUGAAGAGUAGCCUCUGAGAGCCUUGUCCUCCAAACAACUUCAGACACUCAUGAAUUUUGAGAAUCUUCCAUGUUUAGAAAGUAUUGCUUUAAUUUCUAAUAUUUUCUCCAUUUUUAAAAUAUAACCACUGUGCUAAAAUACAUUUAUAAUGUUAAUUGCAAAAGCCAUUCUAAAGCAUUCUGAACUUCUUUAUAUUUCAGAAAUGCACAUACCAAAUCUAUUAUCUUCUACUCAUUUAUGCUUCAUUAAAACUAGUGUAGUCCUAACUUACACUUAAAUAUCCAGUGUAUUCAGGCUCUUGCAGAUUCUUCCUCAAACAUAAGAAGGUGAGAAAGAGCUCUGCUGGAUCCGGCCAGUGGCCCAUCUAGUUUUCACAGUGAAUAACCAGAUACCAGUAGGAAACCCGUGAGCAGGAUCUGAGCCCCAGAGGACACUUCCCUCCUGUGGUUUCAGCAACUGCAGUUCAGAGACACCAUUGCCUUUGAUCCAGCCAUCAUGAAUAGUAGCCACUGAGAGCCUUGUCCUCCAGACAACUUCAAACACUAAUGAAUUUUGAAAAACUUCAAUGUUUAGAAAAUACUGCUUUAAUUUCUAAUAUUUUCUCCAUUUUUAAUAUAUAACCACUCUGCUAAAGUACAUUUUUAAUGUUAAUUGCAAAAGUCAUUCUAAAGCAUUCUGAACUUUCUUAUAUUUCAGAAAUGCACAUAUAGUGGUACCUUGGUUUUCAAUCCGUUCCAGAAGACCAUUCAACUUCCAAUACCUUCGACAACCAAGGCGCACUCUCCCAUUGGGGCAAACGCUCCAGAAACAACAGUCAACAGCCGCGUCAGACGUUCAACUUCCAAGGCGUGUUCGAAGACGGAGGACGAGUUUUCAGCGUUCGGGAGCUGAAACGUUCGACUACAGAGGCGUUCAACAGCCGAGGUUUGACUGUACCAGAUCUAUUUAGUUUUGCUCAUUAAUCACUUGAAAUGUUUCACUAAAACUGGUUUAGUCCUAAAAUCUUUGUGUAAGGACCCAGCUUCUUUACCUUCAAUCUCCUGUUCCUAUAUUUCCUUCAGUAUAUUUUGGAAGCAGGUGUGUGUCGGUUUUCCUUCAACUUGUUAGGUGCUCUCUAGAUCCACAGAUUCCUUUUGCCAUAAUAAUAAUAAUAAUAAUUUAUUUAUACCCCGCCCAUCUGGCUGGGUUUCCACAGCCACUCUGGGCGGCUUUCAACAGAAUAUUAAAAUACAAUAAUCUAUUAAACAUUAAAAGCUUCCUGAAACAGGGCUGCCUUCAGAUGUCUUCUAAAAGUUUGGUAGUUGUUUUUCUCUUUGACAUCUGGUAGGAGGGCAUUCCACAGGCGGGUGCCACUACCAAGAAGGCCCUCUGCCUGGUUCCCUGUAACUUGGCAUCUCACAGUGAGGGAACCGCCAGAAGGCCCUCGGCGCUGGAUCUCAGUGUCUGGGCUGGAUGAUAGGGGUGGAGAUGCUCCUUCAGGUAUACUGGACCGAGGCCGUUUAGGGCUUUAAAGGUCAGCACCAACACUUUGAAUUGUGCUUGGAAACGUACUGGGAGCCAAUGCAUAGGAAAAACCCUGCUCCCAAGUCUUCAUGGUGCCUUUAUCAUCAGGAUGAGACACCUGCCUUGUCAGAAAGCUCCUUGCAUUGGAAGGAUGGUGGCUUCACUUUGUUCUUCUCAUCCAAGGUCUCAGGAGAAGGAGAACUUAGAGGAUCCUCCUGUGGCUUUUCCUCCUGCCCUGAAGUGGAAGAUUUGGGAGUUCUGUGAUAUAAAUCCCUUCCUGGAGGGAGUCAUGAAGAAAUUCAGAGGUAGUAAAGAUGGGCUGAAAGUACUUUGUACUGGACGUUUAGAAGUGUUCAUGACAGGCUCCAGGUCAUACGGAAUAUUAGCCAUGCCUGGAAAAUAGAAGGCUUAUUUAUUUAUUUAUUUAUUUAUUUAUUCAUUCUCUUUCAAUAUCUAGAAACCACACUUUGCUAUGUAGAUGACUCACAACAGAUUUUUCUUACGCAAUUGAAAGAGGAGGAUUAAACUUUCUUGCUGGGCUCCUGAAGCUCUUGCGAGAUCUUGGGGGAGCCUCCCAGAUUCCAGUCAGCAAGGUAAAGGGCUUGAAAGCUCUUGCCAUGAAGGGUUUGGCCACCAUGCAAAUCACUUUUAAGACCUUACUUGGUUCUGAGAGGCUCCUGCGAGAUCUCAAGGGACCGUUUUGAGAUCUCUGAUGGCAGGGGUGAUUCCGGGGGUCAUUCUGACUUUGCAUGAUCUGCCUUUAUGCACAAUCUCCAGGAAUGUAACCCUCCCUUAAGUUGUGGGUUGCCUGAAAAAAGUUGUUCUUGACCUCUUCCCAUCUCUCAGCCAGGCUUUGGGUGAUUUCACACAUCUCACUUUUGGGGCAUUUCUCCUGUUCCUUUGGCCCUGAGAUUGAUGUAAGGGGUGCAGGAGGGAGGGGGGCUGUCCAGGAGCCAGCCAGGAGCAGAGGGGACUGGGGUUGAGGCCUCCCGUCCUGCAACAGGGGUGUCUGGACCUUGUUGUUGGUGGGGAGAUCUUCUGGGGGUCUUGCUCCUCCUUCCAAGAUUUGGGCAGGACUGAACCUUGAUAUCACCCCUGCCCUGUUUAUGCAGGGAUAGCCAGUAUGGCAAGUUUCAGGUAGUUCUACCUGCAACUCCCAUAAUCUCCAGCUGGCAUGGCCAGUGGUUAGGGAUGAUGGGAAUUGGAGUCCACAACACCUGGCUACUAUCUCAUGAGCUCAUAUUGUUGUUGCCAGGUUUGUGAUCUGAAUGAUGGUGUGAUGCUAAAUAUCUGUUCCCUUUUCUCUCCCAGACACUGUGGAAUAUGGACUUCAGCUGCGAAAAGGUACAUUUCCGGGUCAAGCAGAGACACUAAUUCAGGAGAGAGGGGAUCCACUUAUCAAAAGACCAGGCCACUGCACCUCUUCCGUCCAAGCUGUAUUUCCCCUUAUUUCCCAGAGGCAUCUGUUCCGUGAGAGCAGCAUGCUGGGCUAGAUGAGCUCUUGGCCUGAUCCUGCAGACUCUUAGGAAGCCCCCAGCCCAGGAUGGCUGGCUUUUCUGUGCCCAAUCUCAAUAAGACACAGGGGUGGUUUGAAGCCAAAGGCUCCCGGCACAUGAGGGGGAAAUAUCCCUUUGAGCCAUACAAGAUCCCCACCCCUUUUAUGUAAGAGUAAGGUGUAAGAGUGGGAAAUGCAUGAACACAAAUAGCUCAGAAAAUGGCUGCAACAACCUUUGGGGGCGAGAAGGUAAAUGGGUUCUGGCGUCACGGGAGGGAGGUGGGGGCUGCCUGAGUGUGAACUCCAGGGGUCCGGCUUCCCUGCAAGAUUGGGGGUCUUCCCUCAGCUUUUGUGUAGGAGGGGAGACAUGACGUCACUGCUUAAACUAGAGAAACUUGAGUAAACUUAAAGAGCAGGACAGAAUUGCACCACAGACCAGGGAAAAAAGCCCAAUGGGAAGACAGAAGUCCAGUCCGGCCUAAUCCUGGACACCACAAAAAGGGAUCCAUAAGAGCUGGAAAAGGUGCAGCAGAUGGCAGCAUAAAGGAAACUCUUACUUAUCUUUAAAAUUAUAUUCUGGGAUUCUUUUACAAAACACUGAGUAAAAUAUGUAAAAUCUAAUCAAUACAAUAAACUAGAAAAACCCACUACAUUUAACAAAAAAAGACUAAUAGCAGCACCAGCAACAUCCAACAUCCCAUAUAAUUUCCAAAGUGCAAAAGUGUGUCUUUAAAAAGAAAUCACUUGACUAACUUUCCACAACAUGGCAGGAGGAGGGAGAGGACUGCAGAGCAGAUCUUCAUCCUAAUGUCCACCAGCCUGACCAAUUUUUAAAUGGGCUUUUCAUAAUGCUUCCACUGCCCACCUUUUCCAUAAAUGUGAGGAACAGUGAAGAAAAAGACGAGAUAUAUGGCCAAAUCAGGUCUGGGGAGCCAGAAUGGGGUCUUUGCAUUGAAGGUGAUAAUUUGUGUGUGUGUGUGUUUUGUGUGUAUAUGUAUCACUGCCUUGCCGUGGCGAAGGGGCUUGAAUAACUCAGAGAAGCUAUGAGCUAUGCCGUGCAGGGCCACCCAAGAUGGACAGGUCAUAGUGGAGAGUUUUGACCAAACGUGAUCCACCUGGAGCAGGAACCGGCAAGCCACUCCAGUAUCCCUGCCAAGAAAACUCCAUGGACAAAGACAACAGGCAUAUAAAAGUUAUGACGCUGGAAGAUGAGCCCCUCAGGUCGGAAGGCGUCCAACAUGCUACUGAGGAAGAGCGGAGGACAAGUACAAGUAGAUUCAGAGCUGAUGAAGCGGCUGGGCCAAAGCCGAAAGGACGCUCAGUUGCAGAUAUGCCUGGAAGCGAAAGGAAAGUCCAAUGCUGUAAAGAAAAAUAUUGCAUAGGAACCUGGAAUGUAAGAACCAUGAACCUGGGUAAGUUGGAUGUGGUCAAAAAUGAGAUGGCAAGAAUAAAUAUUGACAUCCUGGGCAUCAGUGAACUAAAAUGGACGAGAAUGGGUGAAUUCAGUUCGGAUGAACAUCAUAUCUACUACUGUGGGCAAGGAAUCCGUAAAAGAAAUGGAGUGGCCCUCAUAGUCAACAAAAGAGUGGCGAAAGCUGUACUGGGAUGCAAUCUCAAAAAUGAUAUAAUGAUCUCAAUACGAAUCCAAGACAGACCUUUUAACAUCACAGUAAUCCAAGUUUAUGCCCCAACUACUGGUGCUGAAGAAACUGAAAUUGACCAAUUCUAUGAAGACUUGCAACACCUUAUAGAAGUGACACCAAAGAAGGAUGUUCUUCUCAUUAUAGGGGAUUGGAAUGUUAAAGUAGGGAAUCAAGAGAUAAAAGGAACAACUGGCAAGUUUGGCCUUGGAGAUCAAAAUGAAGCAGGGCAAAGAGUUCUCUCAAGAGAACAAGCUGGUCAUCACAAACACGCUUUUCCAACAACACAAAAGACGACUCUACACAUGGACAUCACCAGAUGGGCAGCAUCGAAAUCAGAUUGAUUAUAUUCUCUGCAGCCAAAGAUGGAGAACCUCUAUACAGUCAGCAAAAACAAGACCUGGAGCUGACUGUGGCUCAGAUCAUCAGCUUCUUACAGCAAAAUUCCAGCUUAAACUGAAGAAAGUAGGAAAAACCACUGGGCCGGUAAGAUACAAUCUAAACCAAAUCCCUUAUGAAUACACAGUGGAAGUGAGGAACAGGUUUAAGGAUUUAGAUUUGGUGGACAGAGUCCCUGAAGAACUAUGGAUGGAGGCUCGCAACAUUAUACAGGAGGCAGCAACGAAAACCAUCCCAAUUAAAAGGAAAUGCAAGAAAGCAAAGUGGCUGUCCAACGAGGCCUUACAAAUAGCGGGGGAGAGAAGGCAAGCAAAAUGCGAGGGAGAUAGUAAAAGAUACAGGAAAUUGAAUGCAGAUUUCCAAAAAAUAGCUAGGAGAGACAAGAAGGCCUUCUUAAACGAGCAAUGCAAAGAAAUAGAGGAAAACAAUAGAAUGGGAAAAACCAGAGAUUUGUUCAAGAAAAUUGGAGAUAUGAAAGGAACAUUCAGUACAAAGAUUACCAUAAUAAAGGACAAAAGUGGUAAGGACCUAACAGAAGCAGAAGACAUCAAGAAGAGGUGGCAAGAAUACACAGAGGAAUUAUACCAGAAAGAUAUGGAUGGCUCGUACACCCCAGGUAGUGUGGUUGCUGACCUUGAGCCAGACAUCCUGGAGAGUGAAGUCAAAUGGACCUUAGAAAGCACUGCAAAUAUAAAAUUGAUGAAUGAUAGAAAAAUGUUGGAAUGAAAUUACUUGGCUUUAGCAAAGAUGCUUAAAGAAUUAUGAAAGAAUAUUAUGAUUAUAAGAAGCUGGUAAGGAUAAGAUUUAAGUUUUAAGUUUUAAGGUUUAUUUUAUUAUAGAAAGAUAAAAUCAAAAUAGUCUAGGGUAAUGCAAUGUCAGAAUUUUAUGAAACAUGGAAAGGAUUUGCUGGGAUAAUUAAUAACUAGGAUACAAAGAAAGGGAGGAGGAGGAAGUCUAAGAAAGAAGGUAAUGACAGUUAAGGAUCUGAAAAUAAUGAAUUUGUUUUUAAAUGUUUUUAUAGGUUUGGGAUUUUUGUAUUUUUCUUUUUUUGUCAUUUUUUUCUUAUUUUGAAUUUUUUCUUAUAUGGUGGGAAGGGGUUUGUUUUUUUUGUUUUUUUUCUACUUUAACUAUUCUUACUUUUUGUAUUUUCUUCUGUUUCUACUUUGUUUUUCCUUUUUGUAACAUUUUGAAAAUUUUAAUAAAUAUCUUAUAAAAAAAAAAUAGAAAGCACUGCAAAUAACAAGGCCAGUGGAAGUGAUGGUAUUCCAGCUGAACUAUUUAAAAUUUUAAAAGAUGAUGCUGUUAAGGUGCUACACUCAAUAUGCCAGCAAGUCUGGAAAACUCAGUAGUGGCCAGAGGAUUGGAGAAGAUCAGUCUACAUCCCAAACCCAAAGAAGGGCAGUGCCAAAGAAUGCUCCAACUACCGCACAAUUGCACUCAUUUCACACGCUAGCAAGUUUAUGCUUAAAAUUCUACAAGGAAGGCUCAAGCAGUAUGUGGACCGAGAACUCCCAGAAGUGCAAGCUGGAUUUAGAAGAGGCAGAGGAACCAGAGACCAAAUUGCAAACAUGCGCUGGAUUGUGGAGAAAGCUAGAGAGUUCCAGAAAGACAUCUACUUCCGCUUCAUUGACUAUGCAAAAGCCUUUGACUGUGUUGACCACAGCAAACUAUAGCAAGUUCUUAAAGAAAUGGGAGUGCCUGAUCACCUCAUCUGUCUCCUGAGAAAUCUCUUAUGUCGGACAAGAAGCUACAGUUAGAACCGGAUAUGGAACAACUGAUUGGUUCAAAAUUGGGAAAGGAGUACGACAAGGCUGUAUAUUGUCUCCCUGCUUAUUUAACUUAUAUGCAGAAUUCAUCAUGCGAAAGGCUGGACUGGAUGAAUCCCUAGCCGGAAUUAAGAUUGCCGGAAGAAAUAUCAACAACCUCAGAUAUGCAGAUGACACAACCUUGAUGGCAGAAUGUGAGGAGGAAUUAAAUAACCUUUUAUUGAGGGUGAAAGAGGAGAGCGCAAAAUAUGGUCUGAAGCUCAACAUCAAAAAAACGAAGAUCAUGGCCACUGGGCCCAUCAACUCCUGGCAAAUAGAAGGGGAAGAAAUGGAGGCAGUGACAGAUUUUACUUUCUUGGGCUCCAUGAUCACUGCAGAUGGUGACAGCAGUCACAAAAUUAAAAGACGCCUGCUUCUUGGGAGAAAAGCAAUGACAAACCUAGACAGCAUCUUAAAAAGUAGAGACAUCGCCUUGCCAACCAAGUUCCGUAUAGUAAAAGCUAUGGUUUUCCCAGUGGUGAUGUAUGGAAGUGAGAGCUGGACCAUAAAGAAGGCUGAUAGCCGAAGAAUGGAUACUUUUGAAUUAUGGUGCUGGAGGAGACUCUUGAGAGUCCCAUGGACUGCAAGAAGAUCAAACCUCUCCAUUCUGCAGGAAAUCAGCCCUGAGUGCUCACUGGAAGGACAGAUCGUGAAGCUGAGAAUCCAAUACUUUGGCCACCACAUGAGAAGAGAAGACUCCCUGGAAAAGACCCUGAUGUUGGGAAAGAUGGAGGGCACAAGGAGAAGGGGAGGACCGAGGACGAGAGGGUUGGACAGAGUUCUCGAAGCUACCAGCAUGAGUUUGACCAAACUGCAGGAGGCAGUGGAAGACAGGAGUGCCUGGCGUGCUCUGGUCCAUGGGGUCACGAAGAGUCGGACACGACUAAACCACUAAACAACAACAACAACAAAUCGCGCUUUAUUUUAGGAUUGCAACAAUAAAUGAAUUAACGAUUAACACAGUUCAUAGGAAAAGAAAGCCAUUCAUAUCAACGAUGUAAUAGAACUAUCAAUUUUCUGCAUUGCUCUAACAAAACUGCAAGAUAUAAUCAAAUUUGUUCUUGGCUGACUGCUCAUAGUUUGCCUGGGAAAAACAAACCAUAGGCCCAAACACCUCCCAGGGACUCCUGCAUCACACUGGAGCGGAGUCCCUCGUAAGGUGGUGGACUCUCCUUCCUUGGAGGUUUAUAAGCAGAGGUGGGGGGGGGGGCUGUCAUGAAUACUUUAGUUGGGAUUCCUGUAUUGCAGUGGGUUGGACUAGAGGAGCCUUCUGCCAUGAACUGUGGGGGUGGGGUGGCCUUAGACAAGCCACUGUCUCUCAGCUUCAGUCCUCCCAUCUGAAAAAUGAGCAUAGUAAGUUUGAUUUACCUUACAGGGAAGUUGCAAGGGUUCUAUGUAGAGAAUGUGUGUUAAGUACUUCAAACACUUGAAAGAACUGCAAAUAUUUCAAGAAUCAUUAAGAACUUGAUGAACAUCCCUGUUUCAAAUGCAGAGCCACGGAGACCCUGUUCAUUUCAGAGGGGAUGCUAUUUCUGUCAUGUGACUAAAGAAAAGUCAGCUUCCCAGUUGACGUUGUUUCUCACCUCUUUCCUCCUCUGCCCCCACAGAAAAUGUAACAUUGGAUCCUGACACAGCUAAUCCCGCCCUCAUCCUGUCUGAGGAUCGAAAGAGUGUGAGAGAUGGAGAAGUGCGUCAAGACCUGCCAGACAAUCCUGAGAGAUUUGACACAUAUGGCUAUGUGCUGGGAUGUGAGGGUUUCACAUCAGGCAGACAUUUCUGGGAGGUCAUUGUGGGAAAAGAGGAGGGGUGGGCGGUGGGGGUGGCCAGAAAGUCUGUGAAGAGGAAGGGUGAGUUCUGUUUUGAUACUACAGAAGGGAUCUGGGGUUUGGGGAAGUGGGACGGUGUGUACGAGUUAUCCUCCCCCCAUGAGUUCCCUCUUCCAAGUGAGGAGCCCAAGAGGAUCCGAGUGACCCUGAACUUUGAAGGGAGACGGGUGUCCUUUUACGAUGCAGAUACAGCAGUCCUCCUCUACACAUUCUCAGCAGCCUCCUUCUCAGGAGAGACCCUUCAGCCCUACUUUUUCGUGAGCGGGAAAGCGAACCUGAGCCUCUCUUGA